CGUCAAGUAAAUAUCAAAUAAUAUCAAUGGAUGGCAAUGUCAUUUUAGGAAGAUACUUUUUGACAGAAAAAUCUACAAGGAAGUGUUACAGAGCUUUACGAUAAAGUGAUAGUUGGACAACGGAGUUUUAGUUUCGUCGACAAACCGACCCAAAGUACGGCACUCGGAUGCUGAAACUAGCCUCGUCCAUGCCUGGUGCGGGUCGACACAAGUACGCAUGCGCGUUGUCGCCAUUUUCUGAUGGAAGUCGGCCGGACAGGAAUGGGUUGUUUACCAAGGGCCUCGCGACUGUACGCCUCCGAACUUGCUGCCUUUUGAGUGGAUCGGCCAUGUUCAGCAAAAAAGCCCACGGAGACGUCAAGAAAUCAUCGCAGAAGCUUUUGGAUCCGAAGAAGGAUGUAGUCACACGGCUAAAACACCUCCGAGUUGUCCUCGAUAACUUGGAACAACUGGAAGCGCGCAGCUUCUUUGAACAGUACUACUCUCACAUCUUCUAUGUAUUCUACGAGAACUUCGUCUCGGUGGAGGCGAGCCUCAAGCAGCGAGUGCACAAAGCCCAGAGGGAAGAACUUGAUGGCAUUGUGGCAAUAUUUGAGAAAAUUCUCCUUUAUGUACCCGACUUAAUUCAUGCAAGAUGGCAGUAUCAAAGCAUAGGGCGGAUCUUGAAGACAUUACUCCAUGUUGGCAAUUGUCUAAAGAUCCGCAUGGAUGGCUUGCGGCUCUUUCUCCUGUGGUUCAUGGCUCUGCAGGAGAACUCAACGGAGGAGGCCUACCUGAUCUACGCGACCCUUAUUCAUGGUUUCCCUACGCCUCCCACCAUUUACGGCACACCCCUAGAAUCCAUCAUGACCCAUAUUAUACGGCCAGUGGUUAAUUCAGACUAUCAAGUUCAGGAUGUGGAGAUCUUGCCCAUCAUUCCUUGCCAGCCGGGAGACAAGGUGCCAGACAAUCUGACCAGGCUCAUGCUGGAGGCAGUGCUGCACUUCAGCGUCUCACAGCUCCUGAAGAUGCACUGGAAGAACCAGCGGAGGCACGAGGAGAGUUUCAUCUUUCUCCUGGACAACUUCCGCCAGUAUUACCUGCCCCAUAUCUUCCCCGGUUUUUCCUUCGACACCAGCCUCUACGAGCCUAAUCUCGAGAUACCCGGCACCCGAUUCACCUCCAGUUCUCUUCUCAGUAGUACCUUUGGCAGCUAUGAUCCCAUGCUGCUUUGUAGAGUCAGUGUGGUCCAGUGGGUGGUGUCCUUCAUCACUGUCAAAAAGGCGGAAAAUAGCACCAUCAGUGCCUUGCAGGAGGAGAGACAGGAGAGCCAGAAGGACUCGCUAGAGCGCAAGCUGGAUGCCUCGCUCAUCAAGGAUGGUGAGACAGUCAGCCCCAGUGCCACCCUGAACAGCAAGGACCAGAACGCUCUCAUGGGAGCUAGCGGGAGCGCGGCAGGUCUGGUGCCGGCUGCCCCACUGUCCCCCGAGGAGGAGGAACUGCUGGAGAUCUCCCGGCAGAUUGUGCAGAAGGUCUUCUACUCCUCGCGGGGGAACAUCAACUUUGUCCACGAGGUGUUGAGGCAGGGAUUCCUCCUGCCUAUGUCUGAGGCGGGGGCCGUCAGGAAAGCUCUAAGGAUAUACAAUGACUGGAUCCAGGCCCAGCUGACUGCCACCAGACCCAUAUUCAUGGAGGAGCCCGCUCCCAAGGUAACGGUUGCCAUGGCGCCCGCUACAUCACCGGGCGCCAGCGAGGGCGUGAAUGAGGUGGACAGUCCGUCCUACGAACAAAUUCGAACCUUUGAUGAUGCCACACCUCAGCCUGACAAAGCCCAGCCAGUGCUCCCGUCUCCCACCUCCCUGAGGAGCCCCGGUAGCAGCUCCUACUUAGGCGCCAUCAAUGAAGCCAUCAAGGAAGGCCUGAAGAAUUGCAAUGUGGAGGCGGGCCUGCAGGCCACCAUCCAGGUCUUCAUCACCAACUCAGCCAACGUGUUCCUGCUGGAGCCCGUCCCUAACAGCCCACCCCAGGCUAUCAAGGAUCAGGUCGAAAUAUGCAAGCGUGUGCUGAAGCUGUACAGGCACGUCGUCAUGAACGUCACCAUGGAAACCAGGACGUGGGAGCAGCUCUUAAUGGUGCUGCUGCGAGUGACAGAAGGCGUACUGGGAGGGGCACCCUCAAGGUCCAGGCUGAACCUCGGCCAGCAGUUAGCACAGAUCCUGUUUCAGACUCUGAUUGUGUCCUGGAUCAAAGCCAAUCUGAAGAUCCGCGUCUCCAAAGACUUGUGGGAUAGAUUCUUGAAUGUGCUGUCUUCACUGACCCACUGGGCGGAGCUAAUCACAGAGUGGUCGAAAACCAUGGAGACACUGACCCGGGUCCUGGCCAAGCGCGUCUACGGCAUGGACCUGAACAACCUGCCCCUGGACAAACUGCAGGACAACCGCAACAGGCGUCUGCGGGGUCCACGGGGGACAGCGGCCACCGCCGCCCCCCAGGCCGACCGCGACAGGGAUGGCAGCAAGAAGCAUGACCGUACCUUCUCCCGGGGCUGGAGCCGCUGUGACUCCAGCUCCCCGAAGGGCUCGGACGAGGCGGAUGGGGCUGGAGGCAAGCACCGGGACCGCAUCAGCACAGUGGGCAGCCGCGACGACCUGGACCGCCUGCGGCAGAAGAUGGGUUACAUGAGAGAUGUGUCGUCCAAGGCAGAGGCAACCACCGUUCUUGCCAGCCUCAACAAAUUGCCUCUGAGCACUAGCACCUCCCAGCCCUCGUUGUACCAUCAGCAGCCCCUGCAAAUCAUCUCGGCCAAGGACGAUGCCUUGGGUAGCCUAACAAGAAGUAGCAGUGAGGGAAAACUAACCGAGGGAACGCACCGCUUUCAAGGUACUCAAGCGCACACUAUCCCAGUUGCCAGGCAAGCCUCUGCGCCCGAGCCUCAACCAGCCAGCGAGCCGGGAACGAGAGAGUCCCUGAACGAGAAGGCAAUGUCCCUCCCCGAGGAGUACGACGUGAUGGAGGUGAAGUCCCUGACCGAUGAAAACGACGUCUUGGAGUUCAAGACCCUGCCAGAGGACAAGCUCUCCCUGGACGACAAGAUCUCCCUGGAGGAGAAAUCCAUCAAACAGGAGGGGGCAGAAUUCAAGACGCCGUCCGAAGACAACUCACAGGAAGACAAGAUGUCCUUGGAGGAAAAAGCAAGCAAGAACGAUGAAUACAGAUACGAAGAGACCAAGAUGGGUGAGUACCAGCUGAGCUACACCCAGACAGACACCGUCAGCAUAGACAGCUCCGAGAUCGCCACGCCUGACACCGCCCAGACCAUACUGGACAACAACCGCCUGACGCCCACCAGUCUGACCGACAUGAUCGCCUCGGACAUCAUCACCCCGUCCCCGGCCAACCAGUCGCUGUCCAGUACCCCCUCACCGGGGACUGCCAUCAAUGGUGAGAUCGUGGCCGGGAAGGGUUCGCACAUCUAUGAGCCAAUCCGAUUGGAGGAGCAGGACAAGCUUGACGAAGCCACAUUUGAGACUGCUGAGAGUGUCCAGAGCCCUGAUGCCAGCAUCAUGUCUGGGGGCACUCGGCCCGGCUGGCAGCCCGAUGUGGCCUUCGUGCUAUGGAGACGCAUCCUGGGCUGCCUGGGCGACGUCAAUGACAUCCAGAUUGCCCGGCUGCACGCCAUGGUCAUGGAGUGUCUGUGGACCACUUGGCAGCUGCUGGCAAAGAUCAGGGACAACCUUGGUGUGAGUUCCGACAACCAGAACACCCCACCACCACCUGAAUACAUUCCACCUCUCAGGAUUCUCUCUUCUUGGCUCUUUAAGGCUGUGCAUUUAUCAGAUCGUUACCAGCAAGGUAGGCUGUCGGCCUACAAACUCCUAUGUGCAAUGACGACGAGGAAACAAGACCACCCUUUACCCAGGGACCAUCUGACCCACUUCUAUAGGGUGCUGCACUACGGCCUGGUCGGAAUGGACCAGGAGGUGAUCAACACCAUCAUUCAGUACAGCGCUCCGGAUUUCUUCUCCUGCGGCCUCCCUGGGUCAACCCUGCUCAUCUUAGAUUACAUCCAAGCUGCCAACAUGAUUGCAUCCCACCACAACCUAGACGCACCGAGGAUAGAAGCGUUAUCCCUGCUAGGCUCCUUGGUCUGUUUCCCCAAUCUCUUCUGCAAUAUCACCGUGCUACAGCCAUCACCCAAAGAUAUCAGCACCAUGCAAUGCAAGGAUGUCAAGGACCACCUGAUCAAGGUGUUGAUCAAAUGCAGUCGCAAAGAGCCAAUGUGUGAAGCUCGCUGUAUCGCCCUCUGCAGUCUGGGCAUCUUCCUGUAUGAGGAGAUGGCUCAUGUUACAUUCCAUCCCCGGUCCAGGGAAGCCAUCAGUGUACUUCUUGCCAGUCUAAAGUUUCAGAGUCGAAUGGUUGCCCAGGUAGCGUGUGAUAUGCUCUUGCUCCUGGCAGACCACGCAGAGAUGAUGAGAAGACAUAACAAUGAAGCACCCAAGAAGAUCAUUGAGGUUAUAGCGAUGACAAUUACCAGUUUGCUCUCCAAUGCCGAGUUUGCCGAAAAUGAAGACAACAAAAAGUUGGUUGUCUCCAUGCUCUUCUGCCUCUUGGAGUGGUGCAUGGCAGUCCCUUUGACUGCUCUCCUAGAGGUCAGCGAAGGACGCUCUAAGAAAGAUGCCAAGAUUCUCCUGGAAACAGUUUUCAAGGUUCUUCAGAAUGCCGCAGAAGGUGUCUCAACCAAUCAGAGGACAAGCGUCAAUUUUUCGGAGCUCGCCUCGGCCGACUACGACCCGCACGUCAGUCUGGAGACUGUGAGAGAUGGCCACUCCUUUGGCGGAAAGAGCCCCUCCCAACUGGAACCUCUGGACCAGGUGUUUGAAGAUGCCGAGAUGCAGUCUGUUCAAUUCAGCGUGCCCUCAAGCAAGGUUGUCAGGCUGGCUGCAAAGACGGUGAUGUGUCAUCUUAUCAACCAUCUCAGUCACUUCCCCCUUGGGGGUGGGCCAGCCCUCAUCACUUCCCUCGCCAAUGAGCUCGACGACCUGUCAUUCAACGGCGACCCCGACGAAACCUCCUCGGCGCUCUUCAAUUCGCCCAACGUCCAGUUCUUCAUCUUCAAUAAUUCGUCACUCAUAUCGUUUGCACAGCUGUCGGAUGAGGAGCUUGCUCCUGACUUGAGCGGUAGCCUGACCACGGCCAAUUCCCACGCUCGCAUCGUCGUUCGUAACGUAGGAGGCAAGUUUGUGUGGGACACCAGUAUCCUGUAUGGCCCAGGAGAGAGCAGAGUACAGAGAGUGCCAGAACCACAGCGCAGACCUAGCCAGAGCAACAGUGUGUUUCAAUACACCACCUCCACUAAGAGCAAGUCCCCAGUCUACAGAAUACUCAACAAGUCUGUCAGCCGCCUACCAUCUUGGAUUGAUGUGGAUGACUCCCUUGAUGUCUUGGAUGAGCUCCAGCAGUUCAUUGGCUUCACCAGUCCGGAGUGCCUGCUGAAUCCAGGCGUGCCCCUCAACUUGGUCUCCCCAGCUCCUGAGGAGAUUCCCCAGGAGCUUGAGAGCAGUGCCAUUGCCUCCCUGAAGAAGCAGAACAGCAGUGAGGAGGCUUACGUCAGUAAGCAUGGAGAGGACUACAGUAUGGUGACGGAGCCACUGAUCCAGACCCCACACCAGGAGCCUACCUCACCGUUCAACAUGUGCCGUCAGUUACUAGACCAGCUGGGUGUCAUGACAUGGGAUAGGAGAUCCCAAAUCAACGUGGUGAAGAAGAAUGAUCGUUUGUUGAGAGAACUCAAAAAUCUGGAUUCCAGACAAUGUCGCGAGACGCAUAAGAUAGCCGUUCUUUACGUUGCCGAAGGUCAGGAAGACAAGAUGUCGGUGCUGGGGAAUGAUCGCGGAAGCCAGGCGUUUGAGAACUUUAUUGCAGGACUAGCCUGGGAGGUUGACCUUUCAACUCAUCAAGGCUUCCUGGGUGGUCUGCAGCGUAAUAAGAGCACAGGGGAGACGGCGCCCUACUACGCCACCUCUACCGUGGAGGUCAUCUUCCAUGUGUCCACCCGCAUGCCCUCUGAAAACAACCUGUUGCACAAGAUGCGUCACCUUGGCAACGACGAGGUACACAUCGUCUGGUCGGAACACACCAGGGAUUACCGGCGGGGGAUCAUCGCCACCGAGUUUGGCGAUGUCAUCAUUGUCAUCUAUCCCCUAGAGAACCAACUGUUCAGGAUACAGAUACAGAGAAAGCCAGAGGUUCCAUUUUUCGGACCUCUGUUUGACGGUGCAAUCGUUGACCACAAGGUCUUGCCAGGUCUGGUCAGGGCGACAGCCAUCAAUGCCAGCCGCGUCAAGAGAUCCCAGCUCCCCCUCUACCAGCGAUACUAUGAAGAGAGAGCCAAGUACCUGGAGACGAUCAUUAAGAACCACAAGGAGCUGUCCACGUUUGAGACGUUCUCAGCCCAUGUGUUUGACCCGCUGCUAGCCAGACAACUGAACGGAGGUGGUGCUGCCAACAAAGCAGGGAGUGACAAUGCCCCGCCCACCCUGACUUCGGCCAUUUUGGAUGCCCAGAUCCAAGCCCAUCACUCCAGAGCCGGCACGGUCAAACACUCCCAGGACAGAGCUCCCCAGGCAGGUAACGUGAGCGUGACCAGCGGGCAGAUGUCAUCCGGUGUGCCACUGAGCAUAUCAGGGUUUUCGGCCCCAUCUGGAGGGUCCCAGGGAGUACAGGCUCCAGGUCCAGCUGGAAGUGGUGGGACCGUCCAACGGCCCACCAGGCUGGUCCAUCCUGAGAAGCUGGUCAAUCUUGCUUCAAGCACUGGACAGAUGCAAAAACCCUUCUCUGGCUCCAUGGAUGAGAAGGCGCCCCUAGAUCCGACCAGUGCAGGCAGCACCCCGGUUGAUCCCACCGCUGCCACUGUUCCCCAGCCUAAGACCCGCAAAAAACGGGCCUCUUCGUCAGGGUCAAUGACAUCAGAGUCCACCCCGCCUGAGAGCCCAGCAGACUCCAAGAAAAAGUGAUCUGUCAGAGCUGGGUUUGUUUCAACAAUCCUGACACAGCACAAAAACCAAAGGUUCUCGAAGGUUUGUGCCCGACUUAUGUCACCUCUUCAGUCAACAUAAGGGGUUUUGUAACAUGUCGUUAUGUACAGAUCAUGAGAAAUUAUUUGUACAUCAUUUAUGCACAGAUCAUGCUCAGUUAAGACUCUCUCCUGUUCCAUAUUAUCUAGCAUCUAGAUAGUUGGCCUGUGAAUAAUUCCAUGUCCCAAAACCAUAAGGCCAUGUUUGUCACAAUGUCUAGGGCAAUGCAGCAGUCGUCCAAAGGGUUUUCCAAGUUGGAACCUCAAACCUGUUGCAACUGUGAUAGUCCAUUGGUUGCAUUUGGAGUGUCCACACUCAUACUGCAAGCAAUAUGAUUGAUGUAAAAAUUCAAAACUGUCGUGUAGGCAAGGCUCUGUUUUAAAAAUACCUGGAAUAUGUAGGUCCAAAUAGAUUUCUUUUAAACAUUUGUUAAAUGUAACUUAAAUUUUUUUUUUUUGAUUGCAAGAUUUAUCAAUGCCAUUGUAUGUGAAGCCUGUGCAAGAUACAUGUGUACCGGUAAUGUGCUAUGGUUGUGUAUAUUUGACAAAUGUGGUCAACAAAUAUUACUAAUUUAUUUUGACUAUUUAGUUGUAUGACCAGUUUACUGACUCAAUAGAUGUAUCUAAAAGCUCAAUUUAAUACAGCAUUAGUCAUGGUAAUUUUGAUGUUGAGUCAAUGUAUCAGUGGUGAGUUUCUCGUUUGACAUGUAAAGAGAAAUGAAAUCACAUUUUUCAUGAAAUGUCAGGGAGGCUAAUGGAGAGUUUGUUGACUCUGGUUAUGCUGGAGAGAAGGUUGACUUCCCUUGCAUCCAGUGAUUAUGUGCACAGUAGCCUGUCAUGGUAAUGCACUAGCAUUGCCGCUAUCUAAUACAACAUGGACUGGUCGCUCACAGUUGAUGACAAAUCAUAUCCAGUUUGACUUACGCCUCUAAGUAAUCCCCCGGUUUUUGUUGGAGAAAAAACAAAGUGGGGGUAGACAAGAGAAAGUGCCGCAAGUUUGGAGCAUCGGAAUUGAUAAUUGAUGCUGUGAUUAAUAGGCCCGGUAGUCCAAAGUGCGUCUGAUGGGUACAGUGGCGGACAUUAAUAGCCUGGUUUAAUGCUGGCCGAUCUGCUUGCUUAUGCUGGGUGCGUUGUGCCAUCUCAUUUUUCAUUCCAGCAGACACCUUCGCUCCUCUUCCGUUCCUUUUGCUCCUUCGUCUCCUUGAUUGGACCAAUCCCAUGGCUUCUUUGCACAGGAAUGAAAGGGGGGGACACUGAAUUUACUGCGGUGGCUCGCGUCGCCCGGCGUGGUGUCACAUGACACUAGCAAAGCAGGCGGGACUUCUUACUGGAAGUCAGUCAUCAAGUGUUUUGUACUGCCCUAAAAGAUUAUAAGGAAAAAUGAUGUUGCAAACCGUUUUACUACUUGUGCAGAAUUAAAUAACCUUUUGGUCGACUCUGCAGAGCCAGGUUGAACUGAAAAAGAAAUUAGUUGCAGAAGUGACAAUAUUAUUAUUAAGAACAUUCUCUUCUACUAAAUUAGCUCAUAAAAAUUAAAAUUACCAAUGUGAAUGACGGCAUUAAUUAAGCCAACAUUUAAGCACUUAAUUGACAUUCAUUCAUAUUUAUGGCAAAACAAACCUCUCCCGUUGAACACUGUAGCAGUGCCCGCCAAGGGAUUAAAUGGUUGCUCACUUCUGCAUCUUCAACUUGUGCCCCCUACUCUAACCGGUCAAUACUUUGCUGUGGUUCAUCAGCUGCCCAGCAAAGUUUGGUUUCCUUACUGCUAGUCUUGAUGCUAUGUAAAAUCAGACUCCGGCACCCGCUUGGUAUCCCUCUAUGCACGUGACUCGCAAACUCAACCUUCAUUUCAUAUGAUACCCAUAAAAAAGCAUUCCGAUUUUGACAGUUCAUUGAAAGAUCAGUGUAAAAAUUUGUACUACAUAAAGCAAUGACAUAUUUCGGGGAAGAAUGAUGAAAGGGAUCACUAGACUGCCGUCAACUAAUUUUGACUGACCCCUUUCGUUUGCAUCAAUAGUUUGUCCAAUCAGCCAACACUUUGAUGCCGUCCGUUGUGCAGUACUUUCUCCUCAAACCGGCAAGUCAUUGAAGGUUGGGAGAUUGCUUUGACUUCAUUUGAAAGGAUCUCUGUGAGAACAAAUGUGAUUCUGCUCACUAGUGACUGGGGAAAUUGCAGAGCAUUUUUGCGUUUGUUUGGGGGAGAAAAAAAUGGUGACUGCACUCCUCGAAACCUGUUCCCGUGGAUUUCAGGGACAGGUUUCUUGUUGACUCCAAAGUACCGCUGUUUUAUCAUGGAGAGGGUCACCGAGUUUCCAAAUAUAACAGCAGUGAUGCCAUACAUUCCCCUUUUUUGUGCCGUAACCAUUUGUGGAAUGACAGCCCGUGUCCUGUGAUACGGGGUCUUAAUGAGCCCAAUGCCACUUGGUGUUUUCCCUAGGUAAUGAAGUAUUUCUUGCACUCGGCUUUACAUUCUGAGGCAGCGAUCCCUCUCUGACACAGACUCUUUGAAGCACAGCCUGGGCGAAUGCAUUAGGAUUGGAGAAAAUCAUAUUAUGUCUUAAUUAUGGAUUGAGAGUUGUCUUUGAUUUUUAGCUGUACAUGUAUUUAGACAGUUCAGAUGUUUUUAGGGAGGUUGUGGUUUCAGCAUUCGCAUUUGAUGCGCUUGUGAUCAAAGCUCUGUGGUGUCUCUAAGCUAGGUACUUCACCGUAAUUCGUCCAAAGACUGACAGGCAUGAUGCCCUUACUGUGCUCUCUCAGAAUGUAUUGGCUAACCGUCCGUUAAGUUAACCGGCUGGCCUGGUAUUCUGUAAAUAUCGAUCAGACUUAGUCUUGUCCCUGAGCAAGAUAUUUUAUCAUGAUUGCUCCCCCAAGCCCGUUGAACAGGAGGCCUCAACUCUCCCCUACCAUGUGGAAAAUGCAUGUAAAAUAAUGCCACUUUAAUGACAAAUGCAGGGGCUGUACGCAUCAAAAUACAAAAGUAACUGCAGUGUAAUAAUGAUCCUAGGUCUAUGAGAUCUGUGUCAGUGUUUUUCCCAGAGCGGAAAGGGUUGUCUCAACCUGCUGUUAGCGAAUUUAUUUACAUAUCUUUUGUAUUUGUCCCCUCAUUUACAUAUCUAUUGUAUUUGUCACCUCAUUUACAUAUCUAUUGGAUUUUGUUUCCCUGGAUAAGUAUAUCUGUAUUCUUGUGUGGAAUACAUUUCUUGUGAGAAGGUGAACAAGUUCAGAGAAAGAUUUAUGUCGCAGAUUUACUCUUGUUGGUCAUUUGACCCACAUAGCGUUCUGGGUAAUUUAUACAUUUCUAAGUCAAAUGUGACGUGUCAUGUGAGGAGCCCGUUUGAGCGUUUAUUGGAUAUUUCAUUAUUUUUAGGUCAUUUUACUAUAGGUAUUCUGUCCCGUUGAAAAUUUUCACCCUUCAAAUUCAGUGAUUAUCAAAGCCUUUUUAUAAUUUUUUUCAUCGCUGCAAAUCAAAAUUUUGAAACUCUCUGUUUGUUUCUCUGUUGAUGUGACAUUUGAUGUCACCCGAGACCGAGUGCAGAGGUUUUUGGUGGUUGCACAAAAUGGGGCCAGUCCAUAUCGCGAAAAAAAGGCAAGAAGGGGAAUUCCCUGUGUUUCAAGGCGAGCCGGGAUCGGACGGCGUCAUUUUUGUCCAACCUCCCGCGUGACGUGGCGCUACGCAGUCACGCAUCAGACGGGACGAGAGGUUUGAUUAUCUCCACCGGUGAGGGUUUCAUGGACAAUUUCGUCGAAAAGCAAUCAGAACCAGCUCACAAUAUCGCCCAUAUAUAAUUCCAUUUCGGAUAAAUCCGCGACUGUCCGUAACGAAUUCGCCAACAGGCAGGCGAAUUCUAUCAUCGUUCAGCCGUGCAUUAUACUUGUGCUCCUGACAAUAACCAGGUUUAGGAGUGUUAUUUCUCCCACUGGUCGCCGUAUGUAACUUAACCAUAAAUUCGGGAAUUUAUGUCACAGUUAUCAUGUUGUACAGGUCUCUGAAAAUUGUAUGUAUUUUUAAUGGGAUGGUUUGGCUCCAUGGCUCAUGAACAGUCCGUGGUCUGAAGAUGACUAAUGGAAGAAGCCGACUGUUUGGGAGAUCAAUUACGUAGAGUGAUAGCGUUUGAUUGAUGGAGACACAAUUCUGCCCGUUCCCGCUUUCAUCAUUAUACGAGGCGAACCGGGUAUUAACUUUCAGUUUGGUAUUUGUAUAUAAUGGCACUCGGAUUAAUAAAAUGAUAAAACAUGCAUUUGAUGCAUUCUAAUAUAAUGCUGGUGUGACAUGGACACGAUUGUCAUGCACUGGGAAGGGGGGGGGGGUUCUGGGAUGCAAGUUGGCCCAUUCGGGAGGAAGAGGGGUUCGUUACUGGUGAUAGCAUGCAACAGUCUUAUAGUACAUCGGAGAACUUCUCGGACUCCAGUUGUUCCAGAGUGGUGUCGAGUUCAGGACAUCGGUCCUUGCCAGCGUUCAGUGGAAACUGACUUAUGGCACAACUAAAUGGUUUGAGAUGUGCUCGGGAAAAGGCUGUUGUGCGUAAAAUUCCGUGUCCUCAUGUUAAACUGCCAAAAUAGUGAUUAUGCCAAGUGGUGGUCAUUUGAUAAAGCGGCAGUAUGGUCUCGUUUCCUUUGCAGGGGGUAUGGCAUUAUGACUGUGAAAAUGGUAUGCACUUGCUGACAUGUAUUCGGAUAGGACCAUUAUACUAUAUCUAUUAACCAGAUAAUUUUGUAAAUAAAUAUAAAUAUAUACUUGAAAA